GAGGCCAUGGAGCGGCGCGGCCCCGUCCACGCGCUGCCCGAGGAGAUCCGCAAGGAACCCUGCAGAGGAGCACCUGAGUCUCUGCUGGGAUUGUCACUGCAGAUGCCCCGGGACCAGACAGUGUGCAAAUACUGCGGAGUCAGCUACCUGACACUCCACGAGUUCAAGGUGAUGGAGGACAAAGUGAAAGCAAUGGAGAAGGAGAUAAAGGUUUAUAAGGGAAGCCUAGAACGGGAGCAGAGGCUUCAGGCAGAAUUGCAGGCUCUUCACCACGACCUCGAGCGCUGCCGGGCUGAGAGCGAAUCCAAAACAGAAAGGAUAAAAACCCUGACAGUGGAACUUAAAACCAAGCAGGAGGAGAUGAAAACUGUGAAAGCUGAUUUGCAGUUUUUCCAGGAGGAGAAGGAAGCUGCCUACAAGCAGUCACAGGUGCUCAGAACUACCUUGGAACACCAUUGCUCCACCCUGAACAAGGCUGUCUCACUGUUCCCUUUCAUUAGGAGUGAACUAGACAGUAUUAAAGAGGUCAUCUCCACCAACAUGGAGAGCUUUGCUGCCAUGAAGGAAGAAAUUUUUCGGCAAAUAAAAGCCAUGAGCAAAGAAGCUCUGACAGAAAUACCCAAACUGAACCAAAGAUUGGCAAAAUCCCAGCGGGAGAACGAGUGUCUGCAGGAGAAGGUCAAACACCUCACUGAGGUGGCUGACACGGUUGAGCUGAAAACUCAGCAGCUCCAAACUUCCCUUCAGCAGGGGAGCGAGCUCCAGAGCCGGUGCCGUGAGCUGCAGAAGGAAACUCUGGAUUUAACAAAUCAGGUGGAGACAGCUGGCCUGCAGCUGCAGAAGGUGACAGCAGAGAUGGACCACUACAAGAAGCUGCUGCUGGUGAAGUCAACAGAACUUGAUGUCUGUCAAAAUGAACUGAAAAAGAUCAAAUAUGAGAAUGGAAUUGCUGAGUCCAGACUUACAAAAGAGCUGAAGGAAAAGGAGGAAUCCCUUCUCGUUUGCCAGCAAGUCUGCAAACAUUUACAGGAGGAGGUGGCUGAGAAAGAAAGGAGAGAAGAAGAUCUGAAGAGAAGAACUGGGAGAUCAGAGAGUGAGCUGGAAACCCUCAAAGCUCUGCUGAGCCAAACAGAGCAGGAGGUGCUGAUGCUGAAACAGGAGAGGGAGCUGCUCAAGAGCAGGACGGAGCAGCUGCAGGAGACGCUGAGGCAGAAGGUGCAGAGUGAGGACUCCUGGAGGGACAAGCUGGAGAUGGACCUGGCCAAAGGGGAGGCUCGGCACAAAGAAGCAAUUCUGAAAGUCAGGGAAGAGGCCAGAGUGGAGCUGGAGCUGGAGAGACAAAAGCAGCAGGAGCUGAUCACAAAGUACCAGAGGGAACACGAGGAGCUCCAGCAGAAGAUCCCAGGUUUAAUAUCCAGUGCCACCAAGAGCUUGAGGAUGGAGAUGGAAAUUCUGGAGAAGAAGCUCCAAGAUGCCCAAAUGAAAGUGGCAGAGAAGGAUGGAGACAAGGAGAAAGAAAUCCAGAGCCUUAAAAGGCUCAUCAGUGAGCUUGAGUUCCAGCUGACCAUGGAAAAGAGCAACAAUGAAUCAUUCCUGGAUAAACUGAGGAAAGAAAUUAAGCACAAGUCAGAUGAACUGGAAAAAUUAACCCAGGAGAAGACACAGCUGAUUCACAGCUUGAGUCAAGUUCAAGAGGAGAAUUCCCUGCUGCAGGACACGGUGCGCCGGGAGUGCGAGGAGCGCUUCGAGCUGACGGCGGCGCUGGGCCGGGCCCGGGAGCAGGUGCUGGAGCUGCGGAGGCUCAGCGGGACCCUGCCCGCCUCGCCGCGCUCGCUGCCCGCCGGGGAGCUGCGCCUCUCCGGGGCCCUGGGCACGGCCAGGGCUGCCCGCGCCCCCGGCUCGGGCCGGCACGGCGGCAGCGCCGGAGCCCUGGAGGCUCCCAAGGGAAGGGCGGCCCCGCCGAGCGAGCCCCGCGGCCGCGGCCCCGCCGGGGUGAGGCACCGGCCGAGCCAGCUCUGACGGCUCCGCCCGGGAAAGCACCCAGCCUCCAAAGGGGCACCUCCCGAACGCAUCCAUUCCUACAAUUUGAAAUCCAGAUAAAUGGUUUUGUUUGUUUUUGAUGUAAUAUCUUUUAUCUGUCCAAUAAUUUAUUCAUGGUGUAAUUAAAUGCUGGGCACAUUUCAAGAUGGGAAAAGUGAAAAGAGUCUCUCCAAGAGGAGCACAAAGAGCAGCACAUCUUCAAUGAGUGGGAUUGAAAUCAGAAAACGCCUGGAUCCCAGAAGGUUUGGGUUGGAAGGGACAUUAAAGUUCAUCCCAUUCCAACACCCUGGCCCUGGGCAGGGAAUAAUGGCCCAGCAUCACAGGAUCCAGGAUGGAUGGGGCCUGGAGCAGCCUGGGACAGGAACUGGAUGAGCUUUGAGGUCCCUUCCAACCCAAAUCAGUCUGAUUGCAUGAUUCCAUCAUCUCAAACCUGGGCUCUUACC